AACCAGAGCUGCCACUGCACCCACCCUCACUUUCUCUCUUUCUCGUCUUGCUUCCUCAUCUCUUCUUCCUCCUGCCGGCCUCCCUCUCGGCUGGCUGGCUCUUUGCCACGAGCGAUCACCACGAAGAAGAAGGCAGAAGGCAGAACCUAACCUCGGAGAUGGCGACAAUCAUCAUGAGAGUCGACCUUGACUGCGACCGAUGCUACAAGAAGAUCAGAAAGGUCCUCUGCAAGCUCCAAGACAGAGAAAACAUCAAGAUGAUCUCGUACGACGAGAAGAGCAACACGGUGACUGUGUCCGGCUCCUUCGACGCCGAGGAGGUCGCCGACAGGCUCUGCUCCGAUGCUGGCAAGGUGAUCACCGACGUACAAGUCGCCAGGGGGAAACAGAUGAACCCCAGUGCCAAGGUGGCGCCCAAGCAGCACGGCAAGGAGGGCCACGGCCACGGCCCCGGCCCCCAAGCGCACGGUCACGGCCACGGCGCUGGGCCCCAAGCGCACAGUUACGGCGGCAAGCCGGAGAAGACCAAGCACGUCAAGUUCGGCAUGGACGACGACGAACGAAUCGAUCGGCACGGCCCCGGACCGCAAGUGCACGGUCACGGCGGCAAGCCGGACAAGACCAAGCACGUCCAGUUCGGCAUGGAGGACGACGAACGAAUCGAUCGGCGCGGUCACCACGACCAAGGCCACGGACAAGGACAUGGACAUGGACACGGCAAUGGCCACGGCGGAAAGCCGAAGGUGGUAACUACCACGGCGAUGUCACGGAAUGAGGCCCCGCGCGGCCAGCAGCCGGCGUCCAUGGCGGCCAUGGCGCCGAUGCGGAUGCCGACGCCGGCGCCUAGCAUGACGAUGAUGCCGCAGGCGAUGGCCACGCCGUCCAUCUGGCCGGCCGCCCCUGGGUGGGGGUACAGCGCACCCGCAUACGGAUACGGGCACGCCGGAGGGGCACCUGCCGGCGGGUACUACGGCGGGCCCGUGUACGACCACGGCGCGUACGGGGCGUACGUCGGAGGGUACGGCAGGAAUCCGUACCAGCCGCAGUGCUACGAGGAGGAGCCUAGCGCUGGGUGCAUCGUCAUGUGAUGAACUGAACACGCGCACGGAGCGCACAUCAAAACCUUGCUCACUUGCUCAGUUUGUGCCUAUCACGUUGGUGUGUGUGAUGUCAAACGAUAGGCGAGUAGAUACGUUUAACUCUUUCUGUGUAUACCACUACUCUGUAAUCUUUCCCUAGCUUGUUGUAACAACCUAUAUAAUCCUAGUCUGUAAUCUUCCCUUAACUUGUCGUAACAACCUAUAUAAUCCUAAA